AUGCGUCUUUCCGCUCGCAUCAAGUGUUUCAAGUAUUUAGUGUACGCAUAUGUUAUUUUAAUAUCGAUAUGUGGUGGCGCACAGCUGGUAAUCGGAGCAUUCCUCCUAUGGACCCACCGGCAGUACUCACCGAUAGUAAAGGAUCAGUUCUGGGAACCGUUCGCAGUGCUGAUCGUGCUCGGGCUGAUCUCACAGCUCCUCUGCUACCUUGGCUGGACGUCGACGAGCCGGAAGCAUCGGUGUUACCUAGGAACGUUCUGCGCAUUUUUAGUGGGCCUCAUUGUGAUUUUAUUCUUAGUUAGUGGCUGGUCGGUGGCCACCAAGGCGCAUCUCAUCACCCCGGCCGAGCUAGCCAUUGAGUCCAGCUUUGGGGAGUUUCUGGCAAAAGACAGCACCACCAAGGACCAAACGCACAUAUGGAACCGGUUACAGCGGGACUUUCACUGCUGCGGUUACAAUGGCAUCCAUGACUAUAAAAAAGUAGGUGUCCCCUGGUCCUGCUACGAUCCGGUCAACUCGAAGGUGUUCAAUGCCGGUUGCAUGCACGUGUUCGUGAAAAGUAUCGAGAUGAAUAUGAUUCGCGUCGCGGUGGUCGCGAUUGCCUCCGCGCUGAUACAGAGCCUCGGCAUUUUUUGCGUGAUACAACUGACGAUGCUGCUGCGACGACCAACCAUAAUGCUGCCAAACGGAGAUAACCACUCGAUCCGGGUAAAGCGUACGCGGGAGAUGACUCCACUAUCGGCGGCCAAUAUAAGCAAUCCGACACCACACAGCAGUACAAAACCACCUAUCCCGCUAAAGCCCGUCGCCACGCGAGUGGACCCACCCGUCAUUAAGCCGUCCUCCCAUUGAAUCUAGCCACCUCACUUCAAAUCUGCCAGCUUACAGCAAAAGUGCCCAUAAGAUUCCCAUUUUAUCAUUAUUAAUGCGAUAUCAGUUAGGUGAAUCGCAAUAGUUUUAGAGAGCACCGCAACGCGCAGUGUGUUGGCAUUUGGUUUCGUUGUUUUAAUCGUUCGUCCUUGGACGCUAGUGGUAAUGUGGGUUACAAGAAUGGAAGACAGGGAGAGACAGACAGGCCAACGUACUUAAAUUCCGUACAUAAAAACGCGACGAUCUAAUUAAGCUGACAAACAACGUGCGACAAUGGUUGAGCACAAACAAAUGUUCGAAUAAAAUAUUUAAUAUUAAAUCGUAUUAAAACUAAAAUAAGCAGUACAGGUGAUGAGUAAUCAAUGAAUCGUCCUAAUCAUCCGAAACUCAC